AUGGAUCACAAGGACUCUGUGAGCAGCAUCAGAGUGUUCUCUCUCAAUUGCUGGGGAGUGCGCUACCUUAGCAAACAUUGCGCCGAGCGCUACGCUAUGAUCGCAGACAUGCUACACGAAGAAAAGCACGAUGUGGUCCUUCUGCAAGAAGUGUGGAGUGAAAAAGACUACCUGUUCCUGAAAAAGAAACUGGCAUCCAGCCACAUUCACUCACAUUACUUUAAGAGCGGCGUCAUUGGUAGCGGGUUGGCAAUUUUCUCCAAACACAGAAUCCAAGACACACUUCUUUUCCGCUAUUCACUAAAUGGGUACCCAUACAUGGCUCACCAUGGCGACUGGUUUGGAGGCAAAGCUGUGGGUCUGGCUGUCGUGAACAUUGGCACAUUGACUGCAAACUUCUAUCUGACUCACUUACACGCCGAGUAUUCCCGGGAGAAAGAUGCUUAUUUGCCUCACAGGGUUGUUCAAGCCUGGGAACUACAGCAAUUUAUCCGACACACGUCCGCCGGCGCCGACGCAGUGGUCCUUGGUGGCGACCUCAACAUGCACCCUCAGGACCUAGGAAACAGGCUUCUGACUUCUUACACGGGAUUGCGGGACGCUUACACCGAAGCCAAUCAUUUUGAAGGAUGUGAAGACGGUCUUACUCUCAUACUUGAAAAUCCUUUCAUCAGUCAAAAGGUGAUCGCUCCCUUCGAGAAAGGAAUCAGGAUCGACUACAUCCUCUUCAAGGGUUCUUGCACAGCUGACAUCCAAUGUGCAUCUAUGUACACAACCAAAGGAUCCAUUCCGGGUCGGCCUUUCCCCUACUCGGACCAUGAGGCGCUUACGGCUGAACUCCACUUCGACAUGCUAGCUCCAAGUGAGGCCUACGGAGAUUUUCGGGCAAGGAGCUGCAACUGUGCUGAAGAGGAGGUGGCCCAACUGGUGGAUAUCUUAACAGAGGCACGCACUGAGGUAAAAGUCGGGGUCCAUUGCGCCAAACGAAUGCGUGAAACGGCAACCCGCACGGGCGUCAUGGGCUUGGCUUUACUCCUUCUGGAGUUGGCCAUUGCCGCUGUCCCUUGGUUGGCACUGGGCACCCAGCAGACCUUCCCGUUCCCGCUUACCUCUUUCUACCUGCUGGCGGCACUGUGUUUCGCCAUCCUGCUGUGCACUUCGUUGCUCUAUGUUUUCUACACCAUGGAGCUCAAGUCCCUGCAGGGUACUGAGGACCAGAUGAGGUUAGCGGUGGGGGCCCUGCAGGAGAAGUUGAGGGGAUUCCCUGUGGUGGAGCAACAGGAACGUUUGGGGAAAUAA